AUGCCAGCCUACGGGGAACAAGACAGUUCCAGAGAGGUGGAGGAGACAGACGACAAGAAAACUAAGAGACAACCAGGUUUGGAAUCAACCAUGGCCAGAGUACCAGACCAGUCCAGGGACCUGAUGGAGUGCUACAGUGGAGAUGGAGAAGACCAGUUCUAUGAAGUCGACGGUCCCAGUCAAAUAAAGAGUGGUUUCCAGGACCUGAAGGCAAGGACAUGCCAAGAGACAAGAAUCCAUAAGGAGGACAAAUGCUCACCAUGCCAGAUGGGCAUCGAGCUGAAGGUCACAGAACUCCCCUCCAGCCACGGCUUCCGCAAGGCGGUGGUCCUCGUUGUCGCCGUGGAGAGGAUAAAGAGACAGGCGGUGUCCUACAACACGUCCUUUAUGGACAGGGACCUGAUGGACAUCUUCACCUCUAUCUUCAAGGAAGAACCCAUCUCCUGUUCGACGUGGGAACAGACCUUGGUGACCGACUCACUCUACCACUACUUGAGAUGCCAGGAGGUCACCAUCUGGGAUGAGGAGCACAAGAGCUUCACCCUGAACACCAUGGCUAAUCCCUGCGAGCUGAGAGCGCUGCACCUCAUAGGUGCUAACGCUACCCAAGAAGUGAAGUUAAACAUGAACUUCUACUACAAGACAGAGCGCCUGGCAGGUCCCACAGUGAAGCAGCCCGUGACUUUGGGGAUCAAGGGGGGAAACCCAGGGAACCUGUACCUGUCUUGUGUGAAGAAAGGCGGCAAGCCCACUCUGCAGCUGGAGGUGGUCAACAAGAGCGACCUUUUGGGGAAGAAUCAGGAGCGCUUCAUCUUCAAUAAGUCCACCGAGGGGACGUCCACCACCUUCGAAUCGGCCGCCUACCCCGACUGGUACAUCAGCACCUCCCGGGAGGAGGACGAGCCAGUCUUCCUGGGGGCCAGCAAGGGGGAGGAGGCCAUCACCAAUUUCUUCCUGCACUAGAUCCGAACCCGAAUCAGCAACUACUGGUUUCCAGCCGAACGUCUGUAUGUACCACGUACACCAUAGGGGGCGGUACCUUAGUUAGAGGGGAGAUGAGGAGGUUCCCUGAGCUCAUGUCAUACAUGCGGCUCGUGUCGAAGCCCCAUUUAUUUAUUUAUUUAUUUAAUUUGCUGAAGGAGGAGACCUCCUGGAACCCCCGGUGUGGGGGAGCGAGGACCCGGCGCCCCGGAGGUGCCCCUUGAUGUUAUUUUUUUUCUAACUUAUUGCAACUAAUUUAAUAUUCUUUGUAUAUAACGCCUUUCUUAAAGUGGAGGCUACUGAUAUGAAAUUGGGGACUCAGCUGUGCUGUUGUUGGUUUAAUGCAUCACUAAUAAACUUUGGCUCAAAACGGA